AUGGUAGAGUCCACUAACAAUGUCUCUAAGCGUCAUCCUGUGAAUCAGGCCAUCACUGCAGGACCGCUGCUGCGUUUCUCCCACAGCGGCGGUAUCAAACCGAGCUCGCUAAGAGUCCACAGAGUUGUCCAGGAGAGGAGGGUCUCCUCAGGAGAGACCAACCAGAGACCACCUUUGACGGUCACCUAUGUACCAACUCCAAUAGGCUCCAGCCAUCAACUGGAGUCGCAUCAAACCCACGGAGGUCCACAGUCCAGAGACCACCGACAAAGUCCAGGGGCCGGGCAGGGGGAGGCCAGUAAGGAUGACCCCAGCUCUGACAAACAGACUCAUGCCUCCACCUCCUCUGAGGGGCCGGGAGGGAAGGUGAAGGGCGUUGGCGGCAGCAGCGUUGGGGUCGUCGGAGGGAACAACCCCCAGGCUUUGUUCGGGGAGCUGGAGCACUAUGACCUGGACAUGGAUGAGAUCCUGGACGUGCCUUAUAUCAAGUCCAGUCAGCAGAUGUCCACGCUGCCUCGCGUCCCCCACGACAAGCGCUCGGUGACGGGGAACAACCUGGGCGGAGGCACUCUGGAGAGGACCAGAGGAGGAGGGCUGAAGAGCUCCGCUUUACCCCAUAACGAGCCUCUGAGCCUGGGCAGCAGCAGCUCACAGACUCAGUACUGUGUUCUGUCUCCGGUGAAGUGGUCCGACCUGAGGAAGUCCAAGUCCAUGGAUCCAGACCUCCACCACCUCCACCGCUCCCCGGCUGGAGGAGGCUACCAGUCGGAGCUGCUGUCCUCUGGACUCCUCAGCUGCUCCUCCUCCCUCUCUUCUUUCUCUGAUGCAGACAAGCUGCUGUCAGCGCGGGUCUACCCCGACUCCCAGAGCCAGAGGCCGGGCGUGGAGCCUCCAGGGGGCCCGGGGAUGAUGUUCCCCCUGCCAGGGUGCAGCGUGGGCAGGCAGGACUCCUCCAAGUCCUGGGCUCCUGGACCAGGAGGAGGAGGUGGAGGCGGAGGCAGCAGUGGGCCAAGGGGGUUCGGAGGAGGUGGAGGAGCAGGAGGGGAGGUGGAUGAGGAGACCAAGAAGAACCAGAACAUCAUCAACAUCGUCAGAGAGGGACAGAUCUCUUUGCUGCCUCACCUGGCGGCAGACAACCUGGAGCUAAUCAGAGACGAGGACGGGAACAACCUUCUGCACAUCUCGGCCUGUCAGGGUCACGCUGACUGUCUGCAGCACCUCACCUCUCUGAUGGGGGAGGAUGGCCUCAACGAACGCAACAACCAACAGCUCACCCCGGCUGGACUGGGAGUCAAGAACGGUCAUCUGGAGUGUGUGAGGUGGAUGGUGAGUGAGACGGAGGCCAUCGCAGAGCUGAGCUGCACCAGAGAACAUCCCAGUCUGAUCCACUACGCUGCUCGCUAUGGACAGGAGAAGGUGCUGCUGUGGUUGCUUCAGUUCAUGCAGGAGCAGGCGAUCUCUCUGGACGAAGUUGACCAGAAUGGAAACACUGCCGUCCACGUGGCGGCUCAGUACGGACACCUCACAUGUAUACAGACUCUGGUGGAGUACGGCUCCAAUGUGACGGUGCAGAACCAGCAGGGGGAGCGGCCGUCCCAGAGUGCCGAGCGGCAGGGACACACCACUUGUGCUCGGUACCUGGUCGUCGUGGAGACCUGCAUGUCGUUGGCCUCGCAGGUUGUCAAACUCACUAAACAGCUCAAUGAGCAGGCAACAGAGAGGAUGACUCUACAGAAACAACUGCAGAGACUGAUGGACCCCAACAAGGCAGAUGGGACACCUUCCAGAUCGCCCAGCUCCCAUCAGCCCUCAGUGGAGGCGUGGCCAGAGAUGAUGUUGACAGCGGAGGUGACUCCAGGGGACGGUUGGUUGGUCCGUCAGGGAGGGGUGGGUCCAGAUUCGGUGCUGCGGCAGCUGCUGGGGAAGGACAUGUCGGACACGCUGUGUCCCAGGGAGAGGCUGCCCCCGGCGGGCGGCCCCGGGGCCACUGGGCCCCGCAGGACGGGGCUGGUGGAGAGGAGAGAGCUCAAACUGGCGAGACUCAGACAGAUCAUGCAGCGCUCUCUGAGUGAAUCCGAUUCGGAUGGUUAUCCACCAGAGGAGGGUAAGAAUCAAGGAGCGGCGGCCGUGAGCACACUGCGACCUGAUAGGCCAUCCCAUCUGCCAAUCGCAGAGGAGGAGCCAGCGUCAAACCACCUUAAUCUGAUGAUGAAGAAGCACCUGCCUUCCUCCUCCUCCUCUUCCACAGCUGACAGGAAGCUGGCGUUUUCACUCAGUGGGUCAAAGUCGGUAGACAGCGUGGGUUACAACCCCUCCCCCACCUCCAGCGACCCCGAGGCGGUGGACGGUAAAACACCAGACGCUUCCAGUGACUUCCACGACGGUGCCAACGGUCAGAAAGUUGCCACCAGCCCCAAGAGCGCCCUGAAGUCGCCCUCAUCUCGCAGGAAGACGUCUCAGAACCUCAAACUGAGAGUCACCUUUGACGAGCAAGUUCACAAGAGCUCCAAUCAGGAGGCGGAGCAGACCAAAGGGCAUCAUGGGAAGGAGAGGACUCCUACAGGAAGCUCUGAAAGCAAGCGGCCGUUCGGGGCGUUCCGCUCCAUCAUGGAGACGCUGAGCGGAAACACAAACCACAACAACAACAGUGGUGGUCAGUCAGGCUCCACCUGUCAGAACUCACCUGGCAGGAAGUCAGAGAGUAAAGGCAGCCCAGGAGGAGGCGGGGCCAGAGGCAAGAGCAAAACCAGUAAUGUUUAACCAACGAGUGCCUACUGAAGGGCAGAGAGCACAUAAUGAACAGACCGACUGAGCAAACAGCAAGAGGCAGACAACAUGAGAACUUCAUACUGGAAUUACAGUAGAGAUGUAUCUGACAUUAAUCACAGAUAAACCUACAUUACCUUACUUUCGGGCAUGUCUCACAGCUGAGUCACCGACUCAUCUUACUUCCUGUUUACCCAAAGUAUCAUGGGAACCAUAGUGCCAAAAGCAGAAAAAUAUUACCCCAAAACAUUGAAACAUUCCUGACAUGAUACAUCCGUGACCCACAUUUCAUACAUUGUUUGACUAAACUAAGGCUCAGAAUUGUUUCUAGUAAAUCACUAAUCUCCUUGGAACGUGACUCCCCUUCAUCGUUUAGAUAUUAAGUGAUGAAAACCUGCAAAUAUAACGAGAAAAAAUCUAAUUCACUUAAAUGAUGUGAAGGUUUUCAUGCCUCCGGAGGUAUUUUGUUUUCGGGUUGUCUGUCCCAUUCUCAGGAGUAUGAUCUCAAGAUUGCCUUGAGGGAUUUCUUCAAAUUUGGCACAAACGUCCAGGUGGACUAAAGAAUGAACAAAUUACAGUUUUGUAGUCAAAGGUCACUGUAACAUUGCGUACAUCUCAUUCUUGUGAACGCAGUAUCUCAAAAACACCUAAUGGGAAUUUCUGUAGAUUUGGCACAAACGUCCGCUUAGACUAAAGAAUGAACAAACUAGAAUUUGAUGCACAAAGGUCACAGUGACCUCACCAAACAUGUUUUUGGCCAUAACUCAAGAAUUCAUACGUUCAUUUUGACAAAACUUCCCACAGAUGUCUAACAGGAUAUUAUGAUGAAGUGAUGUGCGCCUGGUGGCUCAGUGGUUAGAGCAGGUGUCCCAUAUACAAGGGCAAUGGUAUUGACUAGCCUAUACUUUAGCCGCUACUGGUUGCUAAUUGGUUUAAUUGUUUUUGAUGACGUGUACUCAGAAAAUUACUCCCAGUCUUUUCUAAUGCUGUAUAUCAUUACUCGUUUAUUGUCUCACUAUUGUCCAUAAUGUCUGGACAGAAACAACACAAACGUCCGAUAAAUACAGCCAUAAACAUUUUAAUCUGCGCACAGUCGAAAACAUCAGCAACACCUGUGCUGACUGGGAUGAAUUUAAAUACCAUGGGCUGCCUCAGCCAGUGACAGAAGCCACCUAGUGGCGUGGUGGGAUAGUACAUUUCACACAAAUCAAACAAAUGGCUCCAACAGCAGUGUCCUCGCCACAACCUCUCCCUUUUUUCAUGCUUUAACAAUCCUACUUAUUAAAGGCAAAAAGGCAAAAAUGAAUCUUAAAUAAUAAUAAUAAUUAUUAUUAUGCAGUGAUGACAUUUUAUAUCCAAAAGGUCAAAAGUCUAAGAUGUGUGUGAAGCAUCCAUGUUUUCACAGACGUGCGUGCACUGGAAAUGCAACUGGACAGAUUUGCGUAGUCAUAAUCCUAGUUUGACAAAAUAAUUUCUGCUAAAGGCCCACUUAUUAGCUUUUUCUGGAGCUUUAAACUGUAUCUCAUGCUUUUCAUGAGUGGAUGGAGUUUGCCUAAUUGUCACUGAGUAUGUCAACUCCAGGCGAUAAUCAACAGACUGUGAGUCAAGAUAUUUUAUCAGACUAUCAUUCCCAGAGUCAAGUAGGAACUUUCACACUCAAUCAAUCAGAUUAAUUUAAAUAGUAUUUGCUCAGACUUCUGUUUUUAUACCUGCAAACUGUAAAGUUUCUCAUGUUCUCUGCCUCUGAUGUUUGACCUUUGAUGGUUUUCCUACAGUUUAAGGACUGAAAGACAAAAACAGAAACUCUGUUAUCGUCUGUUAUUUUGUUCACGUGUAUCUGAUGGCGUUAAUCGGACUCACUUCAACGUGAAAGAGAAGAACCUGUGAGUGUUAAAUGAUACUGAAGCUGUUGUUGUUAUAUUGACAGACUGAAGGAAGUGUGUUUGCGUAUUAAUCAACGUCCUGCAGAAACCUCACAUCUCCAUAUCACCACUUUUCAUAUAUAUUUUAGUUUCAUCACGUUUAGUUAGACUACAGAGUUCACUGAUCCAUUAAACCGAAGCAAAGUGUCAAAUGUUUCUGACUGGAGACGACAGGUUUCUGUUCCUCUGCCACUCUGUUACUGAACUACACUAAAAAUGAAGUAUUAGUAUUUAUGUUUAUGCACACAGUUAUAUGAUUUGAAAUUUUAAAAUAUGUGGUUAUAAUCCUGCACGUGGUCAACGUGCACCAGCACAACAAAUCCUUUUAAAACCACUGUAUAUAUAGUAGUAUUUAAUUUCUUUUUUUUUUUUUUUUU